AUGAAGGCUCUUAGAUAUCUCUUAUGUUGGGUUUUCAUGAGUUUUAUAUUCUUGGGGGUAGCUUUUGGUGAAACUCCAAAUGAAUCAAAGGAAUUGGUAGAAGAAGACACAAAAGAUCUUGAGGUUGCUGAAUCAGCUUCACCUUUUUUGUACAAUUGGUUUGGAAACAAUAAAGGAUAUCAGCCCAACCGUAAUCCAAAUCAAAUUCGACCAAACGGUUUUUAUCCAGGACAUGGAGGAUAUUAUCCAGCACCGAGCCAUUGGAACAAUAAUAACAAUUUUGGCAGUAUUCACGGAGGUUACGGACUUUAUCCAAACGUUAUGGAGGUUAUAACGGAUAUAAUGGGUACAACGGGUAUAAUGGGUACAACGGUUACAAUGGCUACAACGGUUAUAAUGGAUAUAAUGGAUACGGGAGCAACGGUUUUAUUGGAGGUGGAUACGAAUAUAUGGGCAAUAAUGGAAUCGGUUAUGGCGGAAAUGGAUUUGGGGGAAGAGGAGGAUAUGGCGCUUUUGGAUGGGAAGGUAAAUCAUUAG